AAACGCAGCCGAACAAGCUCCAUCGGGAAGUGCACGUCUCUUCCAGCCAACGACCGUUUCCUCAGCACCGACGACACCCACUUCCAUCUCCCCCCGCGACGACGCAACAACACGCAACUGCGGAUUUCCCCCAACGCAGAUUAGCGAGCGCAACGCGUCCAUCCAUCCGCCCCUCCGUCCGCCCGUCCGCCCGUCCAACUACCCUUGCCGCUACCCACCCAGCCACUUACCGAAUGGGAUGAGCUCGGCGCCAAGCGGGCAGCAGCAGCAGCAGCAGCAGCAGCACCAUGUCGGACGCGGAAUUUGAGCAGAUCCGGAAGCUCCAGGCCGAGCGCAAUGCCGCCGCCGCGGCAAAGAAGGGGUCGCGGACCUUUGAUCCCGCCACCCAGCGUGCUGACGUCUCCACCAAGGCCAAGCUGACCGAAGCCUGGGACACGGAGCUCUACGACCGCGAGAAUGGCGGCGACAAGUUCGCCGGUUACCACCGCAGCCUGCCCGCUGCCGACGGCGAUGAAGACGAGGAGAUGGCCGACGCCGACACCUCGCGCCGACUCGUCGGCCAGUACACCGCCACCCGCGCCCAGAUCGACGAGUUCGCCCGCGGCAAUGGAGUCGAGGAGGACGACCCCCUCGCCGGCCGUGGCGAGCGCAGCAACCGCAUCACCGACCGCGAGACUGACUAUCAGAAACGCCGCUUCAACCGCACCCUGACCCCCACCCGCGCAGACCCCUUCGCUGCCAACCGCCAGGACGGCGCUGCCCAAGAGGGCGACACCUACCGCGACGUCAUGGAGCGCCGAGAGCUCGAGCGGGAGGAGGAGCGCGUCCGCCGCGCUAUUGAGCAGAAGCUCAAGGACGGCCCGGUCGAAGAGCACAAACCUGUGCUGAAGGAUACUUCUGACAAGGAAAAUGAGGGUGCGGCCGCCACGGCUGGCCGCAAGCGCAAGACGAGGUGGGACGUCGCGUCGACCGAGACGACCGACCAGGCUGCUCCCGCCCCAGCCGAGCCCAAGAAGAAAUCGCGGUGGGACCAAGCCCCGUCGGUGCCGGUCAUCGGCGCGGCGCCCGGCGCAGAACCGAAGAAGAAGUCCAGGUGGGACCAGGCGCCGGCGGCGACACCCGUCGGCAACGUCGGUCUCGCCACCCCGAUGCACCCGUCCCAGGCGGCCGUGCUGCCCGCCGCCUUCGGCACGGAUACCACUGGCCGCUAUAUGCCCCUGAGCGACGAGGAGCUCGACGCGAUGCUCCCCGGUCCCGAGGAGGGCUACAAGAUCCUCGAACCUCCGCCCGGCUACGCUCCGGUGCGGGCUCCCGCGCACAAACUGGCGUCGGUGCCCACCCCGGCGACCGGGUUCAUGAUGCAGGACCCCAGCAGCAGCCGCAUCCUCGGCCAGCAGAUACCCAAAGAGAUCCCCGGGGUCGGCGAUCUGCAGUUCUUCAAACCCGAAGACAUGGCCUACUUUGGCAAGCUGACGGACGGAGCCAACGAGGAUGAACUCAGCGUCGAGGAACUCAAGGAGAGGAAGAUCAUGCGUCUUCUGCUGAAGGUCAAGAAUGGCACUCCUCCGAUGAGGAAGACGGCGCUCAGACAGCUCACAGAUAACGCACGCAACUUUGGUGCCGGACCUCUCUUCAACCAGAUCCUCCCGCUGCUCAUGGAGAAGACGCUCGAGGACCAGGAGCGCCAUCUGCUCGUCAAGGUCAUCGACCGCAUCCUGUACAAGCUGGACGAUAUGGUGCGGCCGUACGUCCACAAGAUCCUGGUCGUCAUUGAGCCGCUCCUCAUCGACCAGGACUACUACGCGCGCGUCGAGGGUCGCGAAAUCAUCUCCAACCUCGCCAAAGCCGCGGGCCUUGCCACCAUGAUCAGCGUCAUGCGGCCCGACAUCGAUCACGUAGACGAGUACGUGAGGAACACGACCGCCCGAGCGUUCGCCGUUGUCGCCUCUGCUCUUGGCAUCCCCGCCCUUCUCCCGUUCCUCCGGGCCGUCUGCCGCAGCAAGAAGUCGUGGCAGGCUCGCCACACCGGCGUUAAGAUCGUGCAGCAGAUCCCCAUCCUGAUGGGCUGUGCCGUCCUGCCGCACCUCAAGCAGUUGGUCGACUGCAUCGGCCCGAACCUGAACGACGAGCAGACCAAGGUCCGGACGGUGACCAGCUUGGCCAUCGCUGCUCUGGCCGAGGCAUCGAACCCGUACGGUAUCGAGAGUUUCGACGAUAUCUUGAACCCGUUGUGGACCGGCGCGCGCAAGCAGCGCGGUAAGGGCCUGGCCGGCUUCCUCAAGGCCGUCGGCUACAUCAUUCCCCUGAUGGACGAAGAUUACGCAAACUACUACACCAGCCAGAUCAUGGAGAUCCUCCUGCGCGAGUUCUCCUCCCCGGACGAGGAGAUGAAGAAGGUCGUCUUGAAGGUCAUCUCGCAGUGCGCCGCCACCGACGGCGUGACGGCUGGCUACCUCAAGGAGCACGUGCUGGACGAGUUCUUCAAGAGCUUCUGGGUGCGCCGCAUGGCCCUCGACAAGCGCAACUAUAGGCAGGUGGUCGAGACGACGGUCGACAUCGGCCAGAAGGUGGGCGUCAGCGAGAUUCUCGAGAGGAUCGUGGUCAACCUGAAGGACGAGAGCGAGGCCUACCGCAAGAUGACGGUCGAGACGGUUGAGAAGCUAGUGGCCUCGCUCGGCGCCGCCGACAUUGGCGAGCGGCUGGAGGAGCGCCUCAUUGACGGCAUCCUGCACGCGUUCCAGGAGCAGAGCGUCGAGGACAUCGUCAUGCUCAACGGCUUCGGCUCCGUCGUCAACGCGCUCGGCACCCGCUGCAAGCCGUACCUCCCCCAGAUCGUCAGCACGAUCCUCUGGCGUCUCAACAACAAGUCGGCCACCGUGCGGCAGCAGGCCGCCGACCUCGUCUCGCGGAUCGCCAUGGUCAUGAAGCAGUGCGGCGAGGACGCGUUGAUGGGCAAGCUGGGUGUCGUGCUCUACGAGUACCUCGGCGAGGAGUACCCCGAGGUGCUCGGCUCCAUCCUGGGCGCGCUCCGCUCCAUCGUCACCGUGGUCGGCAUCAGCCAGAUGCAGCCGCCCAUCAAGGACCUCCUCCCGCGGCUCACGCCAAUCCUGCGCAACCGGCACGAGAAGGUGCAGGAGAACACGAUCGACCUGGUCGGGCGCAUCGCGGACCGCGGGCCCGAGAGCGUCAACGCGCGCGAGUGGAUGCGCAUCUGCUUCGAGCUGCUCGACAUGCUCAAGGCGCACAAGAAGGGCAUCCGGCGCGCGGCCAACAACACGUUCGGCUUCAUCGCCAAGGCCAUCGGCCCGCAGGACGUGCUGGCGACGCUGCUCAACAACCUGCGGGUGCAGGAGCGCCAGUCGCGCGUCAACACGGCCGUGGCCAUCGGCAUCGUGGCCGAGACGUGCGCGCCCUUCACCGUCCUGCCGGCGCUCAUGAACGAGUACCGCGUGCCGGAGCUCAACGUGCAGAACGGCGUGCUGAAGUCGCUCUCCUUCCUGUUCGAGUACAUCGGCGAGAUGGCCAAGGACUACGUCUACGCCGUCACGCCGCUGCUGGAGGACGCGCUCAUCGACCGCGACCAGGUCCACCGCCAGACCGCCGCCUCCGUCGUCAAGCACAUCGCCCUCGGCGUCGUCGGCCUCGGCUGCGAGGACGCCAUGGUCCACCUGCUCAACCUGCUCUACCCCAACCUGUUCGAGACCAGCCCCCACGUCAUCGACCGCAUCAUCGAGGCCAUCGAGGCCAUCCGCAUGGCCGUCGGCCCGGGCCUCGUCCUCAACUACGUCUGGGCCGGCCUCUUCCAUCCGGCCAGGAAGGUCCGCACGCCCUACUGGCGCCUGUACAACGACGCGUACGUGUGGGGCGCCGACGCCAUGGUGCCGUAUUAUCCGAAUCUGGUCGAUGAGGGCAUUGAUCGCGGCGACUUGGCCAUCGUGCUGUAGUUUACGGUGUGCUAAUUGACUAAGUUGGCAUUGGGCUGGUUUUUUGUUCCUUUUCUAUUCUUGCUUUUCCCUCUCUUGCGGCACUCGGGACAGUAGGUAGUAGCAUUAGUGGCAUCAGUAUAAAUGGUGGAGGAUCAUCAAUAGUGAUGAGGGCAGGUGAGAGUGGAGGGCUUGAAAAGCAAGUGUGUGAUUGUGUGACGGGGCGACAUUUGGGCUGGGACUGGGACUGAGCGGUGUUGGGUUGGGUAAAGCAGGCAAUACAUAUCACAUGGUUUCGUCUCACUGGGACUCAAUAUGUGUUUGUGUCACCGACUUGGGUUGUUCCUGGGGAGUUGAUGGUCCCUUGAAGUUGUGGUUAGUUAGGCUGAUGUAUUUGCCAGCUGCGUGUAAGUUUAUGUGACUGUCUCUGUCUGCCUCGUUGUGUUUGGCUAAUGCGUAGCUUGGCCCUUGGUUUUCUCUUUCCUCAUAUCAU